GGAGACGGUCCCUGUAUGUGCGCGCAUGGGCAGUGGGCGGCGCCGGCAGGGACUGGGGGAAGAGGCGGACGGACGGUUGGUCGCUGCAGAAGGAAGAUGGCAAAUAUCUGUGGGGCCUCCGAUCCAUGGCGAGAGUGUAUGGAAGUUGCAGUUGCCGUUGCUCGGAAAGCUGGUGAAGUUAUUUGCGAAGCUUUGAAAAAGGAACAGACUGUUUUGCUGAAAAGUUCUCCGGCAGACUUGGUGACCGAGACUGAUAAAAAUGUAGAGAAAAUGAUUCUGUGCACUCUAAAGGAAAAAUUUCCUUCCCACAGUUUUAUCGGGGAAGAGUCUGUGGCGGAUGGAGCAGCAAGUAUACUUACAGAUACUCCCACGUGGAUAAUUGACCCCAUUGAUGGGACCACUAAUUUUGUCCACAGGUUUCCUUUUGUAGCAGUUUCUAUUGGAUUUUAUGUAAAUAAACAGAGUGAAAUUGGUGUGAUAUAUAGCUGUGUGGAGGACAAGAUGUACACAGCUCGAAGAGGGCAGGGAGCAUUUUGCAAUGGCCACCAGUUGAGUGUUUCUGGACAGGAAAAUAUAAGCAAAGCUCUCAUUGUAACUGAGAUUGGAUCAAAUCGUACGCCGGAAAUUGUAAAGACAGUACUUUCAAAUAUGGAAAAACUUAUUUCUAUUCCAAGCCAUGGAGUUCGAGCUCUAGGAUCUGCAGCUAUAAACAUGUGCAUGGUGGCAACUGGUGGUGCAGAUGCCUACUAUGAAAUGGGUAUUCACUGCUGGGAUGUGGCAGCGGGCGCACUCAUUGUCACAGAGGCUGGCGGCAUUGUGCUGGAUAUAUCAGGAGGCACAUUUGACCCGAUGUCGCGCCGUGUCAUCGCUGCAAGUAGCAAAGCAAUUGCAAAAAGAAUUGCACAAGAAGUUCAGAUAAUCCCAUAUCAAAGGGAUGAUCAGGAAUAGUGAGAAUAAAAUGUAUUUCUCUAGAGUAUUAAUCAAGUUUAAAUAGAUCUUCAUUGUUUGCAUAUGUACUCAGAAUGUAUCUGAAUCCAAUAAGUGAAAAUGCGGCCAGGUUCAGUAUCUGAUGUGAAUUGUGCGUGUAUCAAAAUAUCAUUAAAUAUUAUAAAUUUUAUCAGUAUUUUACUAUAUAAAAUACUACUCCUGCUGAAACUGAUGGAUUGAAGUCAUAUAAUCAAAAUUUGGUCCGUAACUACCGGUUACUGUACAGGAAUUUUUUUAAUAGCUGAAUGGUGUAAAAAAACCCACUUAUUUUUGGAUAUUUAAUGUGUAGAAAUAAGUACAUAAAAUUAAUGUGAAAUGUAGUCGAGUCAAUAUGAACACAAACAUUAUGUAAUAAUAAAAGUUAAUGCAAGGUGAAAA